AUGUGCAAGUUCACUCUCCAAUCUUGGUCAUGCGGCCACUAUCAUCUCUCCAGACGUACCCCGUGCGAAUUCUCCGCACGGCGAUCCGGCAAUGUCAUUUGCGAGAUGAAUCCUACACCAGUCCGCGAGAACGCCGACAUAGAGACGACGAUUGACUUCGAAUCACCAUGCUCAUCAUGCGCUACCAGGCUACACGUACCGAUAAUUGUUGAAGUAGCUCGUAUCUUCACCAGAAUCUAUACCGCUAGCCAGCGCGUCCAGGAGCUUCGGGCCAGGUACGAGGAACUCAGCAAUCGCUAUCAUGAUCUGCCACCAAGCACACGAGUCGCUGUGUCUCCAGGGGCUCAGCAAUACACAUACGAGGUCUUCGUUGAGAAAGUCCUCGAGUCUAACAAAGAUAUCUUCGAUCAGGAUCAUACUGAUCAGCAGGUCCAACGACUCUGCGACGCGGCACAACGAGCAAUGAGGGGAGAUGGCUCCCGCAACAUCAACAACAUCGAGGACGGAGACCGCUACAUGAUGACGCUCCAUGUGUUCCUACAACGUCGUCAGGUCGCGCUUGAUGAGCUUGAGUAUUUUGUUUCGGAGAUGGAGUCUGCUACCUUGCAAAACGAUGAACCGGUGCAGUGGCGAUAUCUGCUGGGGACUCUACCGGACAAGGUAAGCGAUCUCUCCAGACGCGUCGAGGAGCCCCGGGGUGAUCUCAGGCCACCUUCCGGCCAAGCUGAUCUUCCGCUUACCAUGAGGAUAGGGUAUGUAGACGAAGAGUUCAUCCCGCUCAACCUUCGGACUCAAGAAUGGGACGCGGAGGAAGAUGGAUGA